AUGAACUUAACAUUCUUUGAUCAAUUCAUAAGCCCACAAAUCCUAGGAGUACCAUUAAUUAUUUUAGCCCUACUUAUACCAUCAAUCAUCUUCCCAACCCCAAACAACCGAUGAUUAGCCAACCGCCUAUCAACUCUACAAGUAUGAACAAUCAAUUUAUUCACAAAACAACUAAUAUUGCCCAUUAACAAAACAGGACAUAAAUGAGCUCUCAUCCUAACAUCAUUAUUAGCCAUACUCUUAAUAACCAAUCUAUUAGGACUACUGCCAUACGCAUUUACCCCAACCACCCAACUCUCAAUAAACAUAGGACUAGCCAUCCCAAUAUGACUCGCCACAGUACUCACAGGUCUUCGAAAUCAACUAACAACAUCACUAGGACAUUUAUUGCCAGAAGGGACUCCAGCUCCACUCAUCCCAAUCCUCAUUAUUAUUGAAACAAUCAGCCUUUUUAUCCGACCUUUAGCCCUGGGGGUGCGACUCACAGCUAAUCUAACAGCCGGACAUUUAUUAAUCCAACUCAUUUCUACUGCAAUACUAGCCCUAUUACCAACAAUAACGACUUUAUCUAUUCUAACCGGAAUUAUCCUCCUCUUGCUGAUAAUCCUCGAACUAGCAGUAGCUAUAAUUCAAGCUUAUGUAUUUGUCUUACUUCUAUGCCUCUACCUACAAGAAAACAUCUAA